AUGGCGGUAGAUGAGCUAGAAGGAAGACAAAGUGGCUUUCCCUUGUCCCGCAGUCCGGAAGCCCAGAUUAAGAUAGAGCCGCCUCCACCUACAAAUGAUGGAUUCCCCAAUUCCAUGUCCGUCACUUCUCCCUCGGGUCCCAUAUUGAAAGGAGAGCGUGAUUUCUCUUUAAGAAGCAUCAAAGAUUCUUCCAAUACGUAUGAUCAACAUUUACUAUCGAAGAUUGGAAAUUCGUUAUCGCCGCGAGGCUCUAUCAGUCAUGGUUCAGAUCACCGAGGCUCGAUUUCUUCUCUUACCGUUCCUUCUCGGUCACCUAGCAAUCUUCCAUCGCCAGGACCGUCAGAAGGCUCUACGCUCGAUGUUAAAUGGUCUUAUAGUCCCCAGUCAGGAGGAGUCUCCCCAAGAUCUAGCGUUGCAUGGAGGGAUUAUGUUGAAGGAGGCCGCAGUCCCAGCGUUGAAAGCACCGCACCUUCAUCAGCAAUCGAAUACGACUAUAUGCGCGAGAUGGGUCGAAGGCGUCAUCACAAAACCACUCCCUCACGAGAAGAUAGUAUCAGUCUACCGAGUCGAUCAAACCGUGGAAGUUAUGAUCAGGGUGUUUUCUCCGACAUUGAAGGCGAUUUUGGAUCCGACGAGCCGAUACUUCCCCGGCCAUACAUGGACGAGCCCGUGCCACCACAGCAAUUCAUUCUUCGAGAACCGACUCCACCAUAUCCCGAGCGCUCAAGGCAGGGCAUGAAACGCAGAGCUUCCUCUCCUCCAAGAGACCCAAUUGAUACUCAUACUUUACACGUGAUGACCAGCAACGGAGACUUGUCGCAACGGAGGACUAGCGUACAUCCGUUCACCAAUAACUUGACAGUUAACAGCACUUAUGCGCCAAGUCAACGGACUCUUUCAGCAGCUUCAUCUUUGAGUAUUAGAACUUCGGGGUCUUACUCGUCUACUCUGUCUAUAGGAGGCAGUAGCAUGACAAGCCUUUCGCCAUAUGACCGACCAUCUCCUGGAGGACUCUCGCCCAGCUCGGAUCUCGAUACCUUUCAUGAAAAGUCUAUCAUGAAUCCUAGUUCCCCGAACUCAUUGGUUCAAUCAAUGCCGAGGGCUGUAACGAGUUCAAAUACUCUUGAGCCACCUGCCACUGAUUCUACAGGCAAAGUUCCAAUGCCAACGACAUUGAACGUACCAAAAACCACCACUUCAAAAAUAAGCGGACUAUUCAUCUGUGAUUGUUGCCCCAAGAAACCGAAGAAAUUCGCCAAUCCAGAGGAUCUCCGCACCCAUGAAAUGGAAAAACAGUACGCAUGCCAGUACUGCAACAACCGCUUCAAAAACAAAAAUGAAGCAGAACGACAUCAAAACUCUCUCCACCUCCGGCGCCAUUCCUGGUCCUGCGCCGCUCUCCAAAAUUUCCACUCCGCCUUUCACGGCUCUGUAUCCCCAUCUUACCAAACAAACGCCGGCUCAUCCCACGAUACCUGCGGCUACUGUGGCGAGGAAUUCCCCAACUUCCCACGCCCUGACUGGGAUGCCCGAUUCGAACAUCUAACUACAGUACACAAGUUCGGCGAGUGCAACAAUGCAAAGAAAUUCUUCCGCGCGGAUCAUUUCCGUCAACAUUUGAAGCAUAGCCAUGCCGGUACCAGUGGGAAGUGGACGAAUAUCCUGGAAAACGCCUGCAUGAAGGACGAGAUUCCGCCUGAGCCGAGGGAUAAGAAUACGAAUCCGAGUCCGGUCUCGGGUGGAAAUGGGUCUUUGGCUUCAAAUACGAUCGAUGAGGUUCUUACGGAACAGUGA